AUGUCUUCAGGAAUUCAGGUAACUGAGGUUCGACGAGUCCCAAACGUCUUUACGUAUAAGCGCAAUGCCAAGAACGGGGUUGUGCUGAAUUUUCAGCCAUCUAGUCAGGUUCGCUUCGAGCCUACCAACGGAUCGGGUGACUGUAACUUUGGCAGCAAAAUCACUUUUAAAAUAGCCGAUGACAAGCGUUUUUGGCUUGUGAAUGAAACCUUACAUAAAUAUCGUGUCGUAGGGCUUGAUGCAAAUAGACAGGAAAUCGUUUCUGCCACUGCAACCCACAGGCUAUGUCAAUCAGGAACAGAUGCUGUAUGGAAACGCCAAAGUGUUCUUAUUAAUGGAAGGAUCAUCGAAGAUCUCAAUGAUUAUAAUUUGUUCACCGCACAUGAAAACGCUCUAACAUCGUGGGAAACCAAACAACAUCUUGGGCAAUGUGAAUAUUAUUCGAGUGAUGCGGCUAACGACCGUUCAGCAGUGGUUGCUAAAAACAGGGCAUACACUGUCACUGGCUCAUCACUGUCAUUCUUUCAAAAUGAAGUGGCUUUCCCUCUCUGUCUUGUCAAAGGUGGUGUCCAGGUCGAGAUGACCGCAGAGAGUGAACUUGCCAAAAUUUUCCCCACAUCCACAGGAAUAGAUUCAUUCAAGAUUGUCCAGAACGAACUCAUUUGCCAGUUCGCCGAGCCCAUACCCGAAUACUACAACAAGAUCCUUAGCCUAAUGGAGAGCAACGAAUACUUGACCAUCCCCAUGCAAGUUGUGUGGAGUCAGGAGUUUGCUGGGCAAGCCAGUCGCGUACAGCAAUUGUCACUUGUGACUGGUGAGCAGUCCUCUGUUUCGUCAUUGAUGUUGGUGACAACUGACAAUGUUCGAACUGAUGUAGACAAAUUGAAUUUCAGUGAAGAUGCUGGGAUUAGAACAGUUAGUAUCCAGGUGGGUACGCAGCGGUUCCCUGAGGGAAAAGCGAUUGCCAACGGUUCCGCUCGUGCUGGUACUAAUAUUAUACCUACUGUAGAUCCUGAAAUGUAUGCAUUAAGCCAACGUAAUAAAGAUUUCAAUGAUGUGCGAUUUGCCCCCACUAUGUCCGAUUUGGAAGGAUGGGCACUAGCAGGCAAAAAGAUACAGCAUUGGUCAUGGAGGCAAAAUUUCAAGCAAAGUCCAGAUAUGAUCGGCGGUGGUUUGAAUACUCUAGCCGAUGGGCGUAUUCUCAUCAAUGUGAGUCAAUAUCCCAACCCUCCAGAAGUAGCCGAUUUUCCAAGCCCUACUCUAGCGGAUGGUACUACGGCUAACCCCGAUUAUAUUCAGACAUUCAAGGACAAGACAUUCCAUGUUUUCUGGACAACUGACCAUGAGAUGCGCAUCGACCGUGAUGGUGUUCGCUUGUUACCAGCAUAG